AUGAUUAUCCUCACCGACGAAGAGGACGAAGAUUUCAAUCUGGAGGCUCUUACAGAAGCAACCGUUAUUUCCUGCUUAGGAGUCGCCAUCAUUGUGUCAAAUGUCGUCAUAAUUGCUACGUUUCUAAACGCCCGAGGCCCUCAAGAAGUGAUUAACAUUUAUAUUCUUUCGAUUGCUACUGCUGAUCUAAUAUGCGGUUUAUUUGUCGUGCCCUUAUCCGUUUAUCCCGCCAUGGUUCAACGGUGGAUAUAUGGUGACAUUAUUUGCAUGUUGGCCGGAUACGUCGAAGUUACACUUUGGGUUGUAACAGUUUUUUCAUUUAUGUGGAUGAGCGUGGAUAGAUAUUUGGCUGUUAGAAAACCGUUGAGGUACGACACGGUACAAACGAAAACUCGAUGUCAGUGUUGGAUGGUUUUCACGUGGAUCUCAUCGUUGAUGUUAUGCUGUCCACCCCUGUUGGGAUUUUACAAACCUUUGUACAAUAAAGAAGCUCACAUAUGCAUGUUAGAUUGGGGAAACAUGGCGGCGUACACUAUCACGCUCGCCAUUUUGGUAUUGGUGCCAACGUUGUUCACGAUGGUGUACACGUAUUGGUACAUAUUUUUAAUGAUGAGACGAUUAAAACAUGGCGUGCCCAUACACGAUAAAGAAUAUGCAACGGCGCUCGCGGAAAAUCUCGCGAAUCCGAGUCACGUCAUGUCGUUUCUAUUAAUAGCAAUUUUUUGGAUAUCUUGGACGCCGUACGCAGGCGUGAGAUUGUACGAAUACGUAACCGGAAGUAAAUUACAGAUACCGCUUUUACAAUUUGGAAUCGUUUGGAUAGGCGUUGCAAAUUCCGCAUGGAAAUCUUUAAUUCUUCUAACGUUCAGCCCUCAAUUUAGAAUUUUUUUCAGAUUAUUCUGUUUGACAAUGUUCUGUAGAACGAAAAGUCGAUACCAAGGUGAACUUAUUGACAUGGACGAUGAUUAA